UGAGGGAUUGCUGCCCGAGAGCCCAAGGCUACAGACUAACGUUUCUGGAAGGAGCAGUCAAGUCCAUUAUCCCCAAAUUUCAAGCCACUUCCCAAAGCCAAGGGACUACUGUUUCAAUCAUCAUGACUUCUGCUUCACAGAAAUGCAAAUUCACUUCAGAAUCCAUAUACUAUAACCUCUGUGACACGGACAAGCCUUGGGGGAUUGUGCUAGAGACACUUGCAGCAGCUGGAGUUGUGACCUCGAUUGCCUUCAUGUUGUCUCUUUUUAUUCUCAUCUGCAAGGUCCAGGACUCCAGUCGCAGAAAAGUCCUUCCCACCCAGUUUCUCUUUCUCUUAGGUGUGUUGGGUGUCUUUGGUCUUACCUUUGCUUUCAUCAUCAAGCUCAGUGACACGACUGGUCCCACUCGAUUCUUUCUCUUUGGAGUGCUCUUUGCCCUCUGCUUCUCUUGUUUAUUAGCACAUACAUUCACCUUGGCCAAGUUGGUCCGAGGGAAGAAGCCCCUCUCAUUACUGAUGAUUCUAGGCUUGGCUUUGGGCUUCAGCUUGGUUCAGGACGUCAUUGCUGUUGAGUACAUUGUCAUCACCAUGAACAGGACCAAUACUUCUGUUUUUGCUGAAAUGCCAAGGGUCCAACGCAACGAAGAUUUUGUGAUGUUGCUGAUCUAUGUCCUCUUUUUGAUGGCUUUCACCUUCAUCAUGUCUUUAUCCACCUUCUGCGGUUCCUUUUCCGGUUGGAAGCGACAUGGUGCACACAUCUACAUGACUAUGCUUUUCUCCAUCGCCAUCUGGGUAGCCUGGAUUACUUUGCUUUUACAUGAAGCCUUUGACUCAAUUUGGGAUGAUACCAUCCUCAGCACUGCCUUGGUUGCCAACGGUUGGGUCUUCCUUUUAAUGUACAUUUUGCCUGAGUUUAUCCUCCUCACCAAGCAACGUAACCCGAGAGAUUAUCCUGUGGAAGACAACCUUUGUAAACCUCAAUUCAUGAAACAGAGCUAUGGCAUGGAGAACAGAGCCUACUUGCAAGAGGAAAUUACUCAAGGUCCUGAAAGUCCUGGCAGCACCCUCUAUGCUCCAUACUCUACGCAUUUUCAGUUGCAGAGUCGGGAUUCUCAAAAGGAUUUCUCAAUUCCACGACCCCAAACCCGAUCAAGCCCCUAUGAUAAUUAUGGUGGAAGGAAAGAAGGCAAUUAAUGUCACCAUGCCAAAUGAGAAGAUAAAAACAAAACAGCAGCAGAAACAGCUGAAGGGUUUACAAAGAAAUGGGAUAAGCCCCCAAUAUGCCAAAGAAACUGACUAACAGUGGGGAUUGUGGGAAAAUCUCCCUGUCUCCUAGCCUGAACUUUCUCCCAAUUCUUGGAAAGAAGGGGGUAAACCAGGCUGAUGUUCUGGUCAAUGUUGUAUAUUUCUUUCCCUGGUCCCCACCCCAAAGUAUUUUCUUUCACAAGUAGUUUUUGUCAACUCAGGAUUAAAAUGUCCAGCUAGGUGAGGGAGGUCCCCAUUUCAGUAUAUGUGUGAUGUCCAAUUUGGUCAUUCUGAAUGCAUAUUUUUGGUUCAUUGAGCUUUAUAAAUUCAACUCAUUCUUCUCAGGCAGAUUGCCUAACUGUUUUUGUGGUGAUCCAUGGUCUUUGUGAAAGAACAGGAUCAAAAAACUGAGACUAAACCACAAAGAACCAAAACCAGCCAUCCCAAUUCAUUCCUGCCUUAAUUUACCCUGCCACUCCCUCAACCAACUCCCUUACAUUUUUCUUUCUCUAAGGGCACAAUGGACUUCCCCUGCCACUCUAGAUUUAGCAAUCGCCACAGACCUGCCCAAUAUACCGACCUCUUCUUUUCCUUGGCAUUAUUUCAAAGGCCAAACCCUCCAUUUGUUUUCCACUAAAUUCCAAGUCUAAAUUUUAUCUGGAAUUCCCCUUCCAGAUGUCUUUUGCUUGAAUAAGUCUGAUGCUCUUUUCUCAGAAGAAUUUGCUCUGUUUUGGAAGCAAAGCUGAGGCACUGAUUCUCAUUCCUAAAACCUAAUUGCGCAUCCUCUGUAAAUAGUCUAAUAUUGCCUUUAACCCUCCCAGUUCAGUACAUAUGUGGUUAGUGUUUACUAAUGUAGGUAGACUUUCAUUAUAUAUAAUAAGUUAUUGAUCAUUUAUCAAAUGGAACGAAUAAUAAAAAGUGAGUUAGUAACAGAAGUCAUUUAUUCUCCACCCCUUCCAUGAUUAGACCAAGUUGUGAGGAUUAUCUAUUUUGGAAGCUAAAACAAGCUCUUGAUCAACUUUGGGCAAGAACUUGAUGAAGUGAAGCUCUUUCCCGAUGGAUCUGAACUCAGCAGAGAGAAGCUGCAUCUUCCUUUCUUCUCUCCACAUUUGGGACAUGAGUGUCUUCCCCAGUGAAGUGAUCAGAAUGCUUCUUUCUAGGAAAGUGGGUAGCCAGUUUGUAUAAAGCUAGAAAAGUCAUUGGAUUGUCAUGCUUUUUAGGGAAUAAGAGCUAAACUCUAGCCUAAGCCAUAUGGAGUUCUUCUACCAAUGUACAGGUUUAAUAUUUCUGGCUGAAAGGGAUGGGGAGAAGAGAGAUUAGGGCUGGGUAGUAUACUGUUUAGUACUAUUUUAGGUUCUAUUGGUCCUUUAUCAUCCUCUUACAAGAAGGAUUAUUUAUGUCUAGAUGUGUAUGCAGGGGUUAUCAGUAGACCAUUGUUUUUAAUAAUUCUAAUGUAGCAAGUAUUCUAUGAGAACAAUAUCCCAAAGCCAGGUUGGUUAUAUCUCCCCAUCAACUUUCUAGAGUUACCCCUUUCUCUAAUGCCAUUGACUUGAGUUUCUACUAGUUAUUUUCCUAUUCUUGGUUAUCAGUGUUAAAUAGUCAAUUUGUAUUUGACUAUUUAAUAUAAAUUAGCUUCUAGAAAGGAAUAUUUAUUUUGAAGAUAUAGCAAGUACAAAAGUACAAAUAUUUGCCUCUAUAUUUUGUGGACAUAUUCUCUCUUAUAUCACCUUGAUCUCUGAAAAGAAAGGGCUCAAAAUUAGCAAUUUCUGUAUAGCACCACUCCUACCAAGUUCAUGUUCAGAGGUGGCAAUUCAAAUGCUGAUAUGAUAGGCUGAAUUUCUAAAGAACUCAUUUCUUGUGAUAUUAAUGCUGGGCAGGCUGCAAAACCCAAAACUGAUUCGAAUUCCUGGAUUUACAUAUUCCUGGACUCCCUAGAUUCCCAGAUGCUUGUUCUCCUGACCUUUUAAAACUCAGAAGGUUACGAUAUCCAGAUUCAUCUCCUUUACUAAAAUGAAAAAUAAAAUAAUGAAACAGGCAAGAUAUUGAUGUCUAUAUUCACAGAGACUCCCAAGGCUCUUGAGUCAGGGUCCUAAGCCAUAUCCAUCAGAGUUUGAGGGAAUUGGUGGUCAAGUUUGUGGUGGUAGUUUGAUUUACGUGGCUCAUGCUACAUCAGGGUUUCAUGAUGCUUCUGCUAGGCUGGUUUGUCUACUCUGGGGAUAACAGUAAGUAGGGAUGUUUUACUUCCUUUCCACAGGAGUUAUUUGCUUGGAUGAUAAAGCUAUGAGAACUGGUUUGGAAGCAAGAUUGAUGGUUUGUACUAUAUAUCUCUGAUUGGCUAUGAUGACAAGAAAAGAUAAUGAUGAAUGUUGGAGGGGAAGUGGGAAAACUGGGACAUAAUGCUUCUUGGUAGAGUUGUGAAGUGAUCCAACAUUCUGGAGAGCAAUAUGGAACUCUGCCUAAAGGAUUAUAAAACUGCAUACCCUUUGGUCCAACAGUGUCUCUACUGGGUCUGUAUCCUAGUAGAUCAUAAAGAGAUCAUGAAAAAGGGAAAAGGACCCACAUGUGCAAAAAAUGUUUGUGGCAGCCCUCUUUGUAGUGGCAAGAAACUGGAAACUGAGUGGAUGCCCAUCAAUUGGAGAAUGGCUGAAUAAGUUAUGGUAUAUGAAUAUUAUGGAAUAUUAUUGUUCUGUGAUUUCAGAAAGGAUUGAAGAGACUUACAUGUGCUGAUGCUAAGAGAAACGAGUAGAACCAAGAGGACAUUGUACACAGCAACAACGAGAUUAUAUCGAUCUUCAUAUAAUCCAUAUAAUCCAAUGUGAUGGACAUGGCUCUUUUCAAUAAUGAGAUGAUUCAGGCCAAUUCCAAUGGUCUUGUGAAGAAGUGAGCCAUCUGCACCCAUAGAGAAACUGUGGGAACUGAAUAUGGAUCACAACAUAGUAUUUUCACUUUUUUGCUACUGUUUGUUUGCAUUUUGUUUCUCAUUUCUUUUCUUUUUGAUCUGAUUUUUCUUGUGCAGUAUGGUAUUUGUGGAAAUAUGUAUAGAAGAAUUGCACAUGUUUAACAUAUAUUGGAUUACUUGCUGUCUAAGGGAGGGAGUGGGGGGAAGAGUGGAGAAAAACUUUGGAAUACACCUUUGGAAUGCAAGGGUGAAUUUUGAAAACUAUGCAUGUGUUUUGAAAAUAAAAAGCUUUAUAAAAAAUAAAAUUAAAAAAACAGCAUUAAACCAAGGGAAAAGAAAAAAAAAGACUUAUGGUCUGGGGGAGGGAUAAACUGCUACUCCCAAAGUUUAUAUAUCCCACAGUGGGAUUAUUUGUUUAAUUUUCACAGGUUCAAUUAAUUACCUCUUCCCUUAUCCAUCUCUCGGACACAAUAUCACCCCAGAAGCUGCUGAGAAGCCUAUCCACCUAGGUUGUAUUUUUGUUUGUUAGAUUUUAAAACCAUCCAAAUGUGUUAGAAAGUCACAAUCUAAAACCUUUUUUUCUUCCAGAUUGCCCUUAAAAGAACUAUAAUAAUGCAGGUGGGUAGGAGUAGUUGGGACAUAUAACACUGUUUUAAUAAAUUCAUUCUAAUGUAGCAAGUAUUCUAUGGGAACAAUAUCCCAGAACCAGACUGAUUAUGUCUCCCCAUUUAGUUUCUAGGGCUACCCCUUUCUCCAAUGCUAUUAGCUCAAGUUUCCAUUAGUUAUUUUUCUACUUCAGACCACCAGCAACUAAUUUGGAUAAACCGUGAGAGCUAUGGCACUGGUUGUGGCCCCUAGCCAUCUUCAGCUCUUAACCUUAAGUUUAGCCCUUCCUGGUGCUUUGCAAGCUACCUUGGUGGUUGCAAUUAUAAAAGGAUUGACAUGGGUAUGAGGAAGAUUGGUGUGCCAACAAUUUUAUUGUCCCAAAUGUUGUUAUAGAAUAAACUGUCUACAACUCUUGACUGUGAAUGUUGCAUGUCAUCUUCCUUAUUUGUAUGUUAGAUGAUUUAAAACAUCAAUUAUUAAAGGAGUUUAAUUGGA